GCCCGCGCAACAUUGAAUAGCCAUGGGUAGUAUGGGUCCAGAGCACGCCGUCCCUAUCCAACUUGAGAUGGAGAAGAAGUUCCAGCUUGUCAAGCAAGUCGCGUACGUCUGCAAGGCCUUCGCAGUGGGGGUGGGUUGUGCUGACUUCAAGGAGGCCGAGAAACAGUAUCCUCUCCACACGAAGAAAGACAUGUUGGAGAAGUUCGUCAGUGGCGUCAGGAGGGGUCAGAAGAGUACCCCCGCACUGAAUGGCUAUAUUAAAAGGGCUUUGGACUGGAAGAGUAAGGAGAGGAGACUGCAAGCAAAGGAGGCUCUUCACGCGUUCCGUUCGACACCUCUCACGGAGCCCUUCGUCGACUGGACGGAGGUGAAACAUGAGAACGACGCGGCGAAAGUGAAGAUUAUCAACAGCGACAUACGCCUACUGUCAAAGCUGCAGAUGGAGAAGCUGCCAAUAUCUCUGGCGAUUUUCGACUUCCCUUAUGGCUUCGCGCAUGAGGGACAUGCGUCUGAUCAUGAGCUGUUUCCGGAGUCGGAUGUUCUGGAGACUGGGCAGCGCGUGAUGGCGCACUGCAACUUUGAUCCUACGGAUCCACGUCACUACUUCCAGCUCUUUAAUGUUGUGACGCAGAAGUACCAGCACCCUAGCGGCAGUGUCCUCUGCCCGUACCAAAAGCUGUACAGUUUGUACUCCUGGCUUGUGAAAAAAUUUUCUCCUGCGGGGGCCUGCAUUCUGGACGGUUUCUCCGGCUCUGGCACAGGCGCCAUUGCGUGUGUCAAGGCGAAUCGGAACUGCCUCGUGGUGGAGAUAAACACAAAGUGCGCGAAGGGCAUCGCAAUGAGGCUUCUGACAGACAUCGAUGACACACUCGCAUGUGAAACGCCGAAUAGGAAACAAAAGGCAUCGCAAGGCAGCCCGGCCUCGAACCUGUCUGCGGACGCGGAAUCUGCCGGUAUUGAGCUUGUGGUCGACAGGGACACGGGCACUGCUGCUGGAGUGGCGCGGAUCGUCGGGCAGGGCGCACCGGUAGUUGUCGGGCCGUCUUGUGUGCAGAAAACUGCUUUCGGGCCAUCUGCUGAGCCUGCUUCGAGACCAUCUGUUCAGCCUGCUGAACAUGGUGUUGGGCAGGCCGGUGAGCGGCCACGUGUUUCCAGCGAGCCUUCUCCCGUGCCUGUUCCUAAGGCUGUUCCCGAUGCUGGACCUGAGGCUGAGACGCAACUUGUGGUCACGACUGCUCCCGCUUCUGCAGAUGUUCAACAGACUAUCCUGAGCCUCGCCUUGAGCCAGGAUUCAGACAGAACGACUGCUGGCGGUAGGAGAGGGCGCAAACGAAAGGGCGGUGGCGAAGAGGUAUCGAGUCCACCGGGGGGGGUAACGAUUGCCCUCAAGGCCAACACUCGCUCAGGAAUUGGGAAGUGAGUGCGGUUGUAGCCCUGUGCCCACCUCGGCUGAGGGGACAACGCUUCAUUUAGAUAUAGCCCUAUAUGACAGUGUGUGGACACGCACUCGCCAUAUAGACCUAUAUCACAUGCGUUGCCUCGAAGUUCGAACCUYUAUCCCACGUGUGCUGCYGACCACAGAAACGCCCCCGAUGAUAAAAAGGGAUCCAGGAG